AUGGUGAGGAGGCAAGUGGACAUGGCUGUCGAAGAGAUCAGAAUAGAAGUCGUAGAUGAUUUUCUCCAUCCCCCUUCUCGAUGCAAUGGCUGUUCCCUUUGGGUUCCGGAGAGCAGUCAUCCUCGUCUUGCGACUGGCGAAGUCUCGACGGGCAUAGCGGAUGCUUUUCCCCGCCUCUGCAGCUUCAGCCAGCACUUCUGCUCUUCUCUCUUUAAGGUCUUCCUUUAUCGCCUCUCGGCAAAGCCUUGCGAGCUCGGACGUGAGUUCUUGGUUCCCUGCGGCUCAUGCUGCUCCACGCUGGCGUAUCAGCUCAAGAGUUUCAAGAGACAGGCGCCUCCUGGUGGUUUUAAAACUCUCAGCCUUCUCCGCGCAGUCGUGAAGGUGUUCGACAAGCCGGUCAUAUUCCUCGUCGAUGUUGUCCAUUGCAGAAUCUUCCCAAAAGCCGGCCAGCGUAGCGAAGAGAUCCCAGUUGAUGGUAGUCCUGGGAUUUCUCUCUCUGAAUUUGGCGGCUUUCUCUGCUCUCCUUGUGAAGGAAAAUUUUCCUCGGAGGCGAUGGUCCGAUCCCGUAUAGAACUUUGGUACAACAGCGACAUCCGUCAGGCAGAACCUUUUAUUGACGAUGAUGUGGUCUAUUUCAUUACGGUACCCUCCACCGAGUGCUCCUACGUCCAGCGUAGAGAGGAGGGCUUCUGGAAUUGCGAGUUCCCAUGGAUGGUGUUAGUCGUCAUGAUGAACUCAGAGAGCCUCUCCCCCUGGUCAUUCCAUUUUAGGCCGUGGGUCCCGAUGUGA